CUGAGAAGUUGGGCGGUUGUGGGUUAUUAAGUCCCUCCCUUCUGCUAUGUUCCUGUUGGGGGUAUUUAUUGAUAUUCCUUUUGCGUUUACUUCCCAUUCUGCACCUCACUCUGUUGUUCUCUGUAAUUCCAUCUGGCGGACGAAGCUCCACGCCACUCACACGGAGGGGAUAAGCACUCUCAUAGUGGAGAGAAGAUACUCACGGAGGAGAUAAGCACUCUCACGGCGGAGAGAAGACCCGUAUUUUUCCUUUACACAUGGAGUUGAACCCAAGUUCUGGAUCAUGUUAUCAUAUAUGUUCGGUUGACGAAACAAGCUCGGAAGAAUUUAAGGCCAGGUACCGGCCGAAGACUUAUUUGCUGAAAGCCAUUGCAGUAUUUGCAGCAGCUGGAACAGGGGCAGUGGCAAUUUACCACUCCUGGGUUGCUGCCAAUCAGGAUGUUGCCAUGGCAUUGCUGUUCGGAAUAGGAUAUGUGGGCAUCAUUUUUGAAGAAUCGCUGGCCUUCAACAAAAGUGGAGUAGGUCUGUUAAUGGCUGUGAGCUUGUGGGCAGUAAGAAGUAUUGGGGCUCCUUCAACAGAUAUAGCUGUUUCAGAGUUACAACAUGCAUUUGCUGAAGCCAGUGAAAUAGUGUUUUUCUUGCUUGGUGCAAUGACCAUUGUCGAGAUAGUUGAUUCACAUCAAGGAUUUAAGCUGGUUACUGACAAUAUAACCACUCGAAAGCCAAGGACGCUUCUUUGGGUGGUGGGUUUUGUCACUUUUCUCCUUAGUGCAAUUCUUGACAACUUGACGUCUACCAUUUUCAUGGUUUCUUUAUUGCGAAAAUUAGUUCCUCAGUCAGAAUUUCGCAAGCUCUUAGGAGCUGUUGUUGUCAUAGCAGCAAAUGCCGGUGGUGCAUGGACUCCUAUUGGUGAUGUUACCACUACUAUGCUGUGGAUACAUGGUCAGAUAUCCACAUUGGAGAUAAUGAAGACCUUGUUUAUACCUUCGGCCGUCUGUCUUGCUGUUCCACUGGCGCUUAUGUCCCUGACUAGUGGAGUAAGUGGGGAAGGACCAGACACGUCCGAUGUUAUGGCAUCUGAGGAGAUGGCACCUCGGGGACAGCUUGUUUUCUCUGUAGGCAUUGGAGCUUUGGUUUUUGUUCCAGUGUUCAAGGCCCUAACUGGUUUGCCUCCGCACAUGGGUAUGUUGCUGGGACUUGGAGUACUUUGGAUUCUGACUGAUGCUAUUCAUUACGGUGAAUCGGAAAGACACAGGUUAAAAGUACCGCAGGCCUUGUCCCGGAUUGACACUCAAGGAGCACUCUUCUUCCUUGGCAUCCUAUUGUCUGUUCGCAGCCUGGAGGCGGCAGGAAUUCUUGGAGAAAUAGCAAAUUACCUGGAUGCCCACAUUCCCAAUAUUGAGCUGAUUGCAAGUUCAAUAGGAGGAUCAGCGAUUGUAGACAAUGUUCCACUGGUUGCCGCAACUAUGGGGAUGUACGAUCUCACUACCUUUCCCCAGGAUUCUGAGUUUUGGCAGCUGGUUGCAUAUUGUGCUAGUACUGGUGGAUCCAUGCUAGUUAUUGGUUCUGCAGCUGGAGUCGCUUUUAUGGGGAUGGAAAAGGUGGACUUCUUCUGGUACUUGCGGAAGGUGAGUGGUUUUGCUCUUGCUGGUUAUGCCGCUGGUUUCGCUGCCUAUUUAGCAGUUCAAAACCUCCACAUCUCCCUACCGACGACAGUAGCUCAGGUUCCUUUCAUUUCUGGUUCAUGAAUUAAAGAGUUCAAGCUUUGGAAUCUCUGGCAUCGAAUGAAUGCCGGAAAAAUGAUUCUCGCGCAUGUAAUAUAUAGAAAGUUUCACAAGUUAUGGAAAUAAGAUCCGUGCGACGAUGAGUUCAACGACAAAUGUAAGUGCUUUUAAGAAAUGCAGAAGCGCUUUUAGUUCCAGCAGGGGAAAGGACACAUUCUCUUAUUGCGAUGAAAGCAAUUCAUACAGUAAAUUAUAAUUCACUAUUGAAA